GUUCCGACUUGUUGCGUUGCAAAUGGAAGAGCUCCGGCGCAAAGCGAUGAUGCCAAAAUCAAGGAUCAAAAAGCUGCUUGAAAAAAUUCCGGAAAGCCUGGAUGAAUUUUACGACCGAAUAUUAGGGGAGAUCGAUCCCGAUUUUGUGCAACAGGCAAUUAUUGCUUUCCAAUGGCUCGCAUUUUCCGCUCGGCCGUUAAAACUCCCAGAGCUCGCCGAAGUGCUCUCAAUUCAUGCCGAGGACGAGUGUCUGGUGGAUCCAGACGACAAACCAGCAGACAAUUGGGGCGUCUUUGAGAUACUCCCGAGAAGCAUGGUUACCGCAGUGGAAGGAAAGGGCCCGAACAGAUCCCUAGACGAGAGAAUCACAGAAGUGUUCUCAUCCGACGAGGCUCGGGAAAGAUGGAACGGGAAGAACCUUGGUGUCCAACUUUCUCACUUCUCCGUUAAGGAAUAUUUUCUGCGAAAUCGUGCCAUGGAUGAGCCGCUAUCGAAGUUUCAAUUUGACGAAAAGAGAGCCCACAACGUUAUUGCGGCUGGAUGUUUUGCUUACCUUUUCUAUAUUGCACAGAACUUGAACCUGGACACUAUAGAUAACUUCCCCCAGAGACCGUACUACAAACAGUACGAAGAAGAUAGAAACAAGUGGGAAAAGUGUGUUGCAAACGACUAUCCAUUACUCGCAUUCUCCGCAAAAUGCUGGCCACUUCACGUUGAAAUACUGGAGGCAAACGCAAACGAACGCUUGGAGUCGCUACUUUUCCGCUUUAUGAAACGUGGCGAGCCAGCAUUCCCACUAUGGAGGGCGCUUGUAUGCCAUCGUAGGGGACUCCCUGAAAUAGGUCUUCACAAGGAAACACCAAUACACCUUUCGGAAAAUUCCGCUCUGACACUCUGGUCCGAUCAUUGUCUCUCAUACAUGAUUUGGCUGGGACUGGACCACGUUGUUAAAUUGCUUCUUCAACGUCAACCGCCGCCUCAUGAGCCCUCUUUAGAGCAUUUCCAAUUUCGGAUGUCUGACAAGCUAUUUGAUAAGUCUCAAUUACUGCUUGCCCAGGCUUCUGGUAUUAAUCAUCCUUGGCUAAUAGAAUUUCUCCUCGACCAUGGGGUUAACGUAAAUUCUGUCAUCUUAGUUGGAAGAAACUAUCCCCCGAGUUACCCGAAAGAAGCAACAGCUCUGGUACUGGCGGCAGAGAGUGGAAGCUUUGAGGCGGCGAAGCUACUGUUCAAUCGGGGUGCCAACGUAAACGAUACUAUCAGCAAUUACGGUGAUCCUGUGACAGCUCUAAAAAUGGCUUUACUAAAUGGAUACCCACGCCUGGCACGGUUUUUGAUCGAAAACGGAGCGCAUGUGAACUUUCCCAAAGGCAAAAAUCAAGUUCUACUUUACGCAGUUCGUGUUGGUCAUUCCGCAACGAAGCUGGUUUUAGAAAUGGGUGCAAGCGAAGACUCACAGCGACUUGCUGCAAGAUACUUCUCUGCAAGAUCCCGCGAUAAAUCUGGCAUACCUGGCCGGAGCGAGUAUUUUUCUGAAAAACUGAAGAUGCUUGAUGCAUGUAUAGGAGAAGUCUUUGGCGAGGACGCGCGCUCCAAAAUCAUGCGGGAAUGCAUCUCCGAUGAAUGAUUUCGUCUCAACAAGUUCGGCUCAACGUUCAUUUUUCACUUUUUUCUUAAGCGAUAUCUCAGUGUUGUUUAGAUUUCUGGGAAUUUGGAGUACGGACUCAGCGUUUAUCCUAUUG